CAUCACCAUAGAGCCUGGGCACACACAGGGAGUCAGGGGGACGUACGGUACAUGCAGGAGACACCGUUCUGCCUCAGAGUUGGACACCUUCUCCCCUACUCCAUGUCAGAUUCCAACACAACCAACUUCACCAACCCCUCCACCUUCAUCCUGCUGGGCAUUCCUGGCCUGGAGGUGGCCCAUGUCUGGAUCUCCAUCCCCUUCUGCACCAUGUACAUCAUAACCAUGUCGGGGAACUUCACCAUCCUGGUCAUUGUGAAGACGGAGCAGAGCCUCCAUGUGCCCAUGUACUAUUUCCUCUGCAUGCUGGCUGUCAGCGACCUGGUCCUGUCUACUUCCACCCUGCCCAAAACUCUGAGUAUCUUCUGGUUCAAUUCCAGGGAAAUCCACUUCAGUGCCUGCCUCACCCAGAUGUACUUCAUUCACUGCUUCUUAGCAAUGGAGUCUGGGAUCUUUGUGGCCAUGGCUUUUGAUCGUUACGUGGCCAUCUGUGAUCCUCUGAGACAUUCCACCAUCCUGACUAACCCUUUGGUGGCCAAGAUCAGCCUGGCUGUGGUGCUGCGUGCCGGCAUGGUCAUAUUGCCCUUUCCCUUCCUGGCAAGGCAGUGGCCAUAUUGCAGAACCAACAUCAUCCCCCACGCGUACUGUGAAUACAUGGCCGUGCUGAAGCUGGUCUGUGCUGACAUCCUUGUCAGUAGUUACUAUGGCCUCCUUCUGGCCCUCUUGGUGACUGCUUUGGAUGUGUUUUUUAUUGCCUUGUCCUAUACCCAGAUCCUCAGGGCCAUCUUCAGACUCCCCACAAAGGAAGACCGGCUCAAGACUUUUGGGACCUGCGUCUCCCACCUCUGUGUUAUCUUAGCCUUUUAUAUCCCAGUUCUCUUCUCCUUCCUCACGCACCGGUUUGGCCACAAUGUGCCCCUGCAGUUCCACGUUCUCAUGGCCAACAUGUACCUUCUGGUGCCUGCCAUGCUAAACCCCAUCAUCUACGGGGUGAGGACCAGACAGAUCCGGGACAGGCUCCUCCGGCUCGUUACUCAUAAAGGGAUGAAAGAUUUCUCCUGGUGCCCUGGCUCUCAGACUGAGUCCCAUGCAGAGCUGGUUGGUGACAUUGGGCUGAUCCCUCUUCCCUGA